UUCAUCUCAGGGAGGGAUAAGUGGCGUGUCUUUACUACACGCUGGCAUCAUGACAGUGUUUGAAAACUGUACUGUGGUGUUAGAUGUGAAGGAUCUGCCUUUUAAAGAGAAGAAUAAACUGAGAUUAGCUGUUCUGGAGAAUGGAGGAAACAUCUCAUAUGUCAUCAACAAAGAGUGCUCUUUUGUAGUCACUAGCAGUGUGAAUGACCUGAGCAGUAACCGGCAGCGCAGCAUCCAGAAGCUGCAGAUCCCAGUGGUCGGGACGCAGUAUGUGUGGAGCUGUAUGGACCAAGGGCAUCUCCUGCCUUUGACGGAGCAUAAUUUGGCCCCACAGCUGCCAUAUCCUGGGUCUGAAUUCUUCCCUAAUUCAGAGGUAAAAGUGUCGACACACAUACUAGGAAAAGAGAAGGACAAAGGUCACCCUGAACUCCCAAAGACUGAGGUUGAGAUCCUUGAGAAGGGUGGACCCCGUCCUGGCAGGUUCAGAGUUUACAAUGAAGGCGAUCAUGAUCUGCCUGAAUUUCCUUCAUAUUUUCAAGUGGCCAAGUAUUCAGUGUUUGAGAGGGUCAAACCCAAGACUUUGUCUGUUCUGGAGCUGCAGAGUGCCAAAAGCCGAGCAGGCCAGCAGUAUCGUGUGUUGUGUUCAGUCUUGCAUGAAGCUGAGACAGUGGUUCAGGACAAGCUUGUGUUCUGUGUGACGUCUGAAUAUGCAGUAGAAGCAUAUCUGCAGCUGAUGAAGGAGAUGGAGACAGAGGGAUUUACAAAGACACACACAUAUCCACCUGAGGUUGAGCGCUUGGCGUCUUACAGUCUGCAGCAGCUGCUGUUGGAGGAGAAGCUGAACUGCAGCACAUUGUCACAGGAAGUUGGUGUCUUUGUGGAGCUGGUUUGGACUGAAGCUCUUGGAUCCCUUAAUAACAUCCUGACAGUCCCUGUCUCCAGAAUCAGCCUCAAUGAUGUGAGCAGGGUGGAGGGAUUGUUACUGCAGGCACAAAAGACUGAGAAAGAGGAUGAAGUCAAUGCCCUGCUGGAGGAGGUCAACACUCUUCUGCCCCUCAGAAUCGAGCCUCCUUCCAAACACAAGCUCAUGCCUCAGAUUCUAGACCUUUGUCAGCUGAUCAGAGAUAUUGUAAAUGUGAGUGAGGCUACUCUGGGAAACCCUUCACCCUCGUCUCUGGGAAAGUAUCGAGCUCUGAGGUGCAGCAUUGAGGUUGUUCCACCACAAAACUCUGAGUUUCAUGUUGUCUCUCAACUGCUUCAGGACAGGCCUGUUCAGAUUCAGCAGAUACUGCGUGUCAGCAGAGGGACGGAGCUUCAGUUGUUUAGGGAGGAUUUAGGCAACAUUAAACCCCUCCUCCACUCCACUAGUCCCAGCAGUGUUGGAAUACUGUCACGAGGUCUGCUGCUGCCCAGGGUUGGAGUCGAACAGCAUGGAAUUGAGAGGACGGAUAUCAGGAAUCUUGGAGGAGGAAUCUACUUCAGUGACUCUCUGAAGACUAGUGUGAAAUACUCCAAGCCCAGUGUGACUGACGGCUCUCGGCUGCUGUUGGUUUGUGAAGUGGCAUUGGGUCGGUGUAAGGACCUGCUGAAGAAAGACACCACUUUGAUGGCGCCUGACGGCUACCACAGUGUACACGGAGUUUGCCGCACUCCCAAUAGACUCUCUGAAUUUGAGGAUGAUGAGUUUGUCGUCUAUAACACAGAGCAGAUCAGACUGAAGUAUGUGGUCCAGUACAGUCUGGAGGGAGACGAGUUAAAAGAGUUCCAGCCUCAUAUCAACACCUUUGUGGAGUUCACACAGCUUACAGACAUAACGUCUGACAUCUUGUCCAUUGAUGACAGUGAAGGUUUGGAGUCCACUAAGAAUCCUCUGGAGGAGAUGAAUGCAGGUUUGCUGGACAGCAGUGGUCAGAAACUUCCUCUACAGGCUGUCAAUGUGAAGUGCAAGCUGAUGGACCUGCUUUGCCAGGUCAUCAUUUUUCAGACCUACACAAACCAGAGUGCUGUUCCCAGUUUGAAGUAUGAAGCAAAGUAUGUCUUUCCACUGGAGGAGACAGCUGCAGUGUGUGGAUUUGAAGCCUUUAUCAGUGGAAAACAUGUAAUUGGAAAGGUAAAGGAAAAAGAGCAGGCUCGUAAGGAGUACAAGCAAGCCAUAGAGAAAGGCCAUGGAGCCUACCUGAUGGACCAGGAUGCACCUGAUGUAUUUACUAUCAGUGUGGGGAAUCUUCCUCCUGGAGCCACAGUUUUGAUCAAAGUGUCGUUCAUCACUGAGCUGGUGAUCAGAUCAGGCUCUAUAGUCUUCUCACUGUCUGGCAGUGUGGCGCCAUGGCAACAGAGAGCCGCCCUUAAUCAGACAACUCAGGCCACUGUUGAAAAGAUUGGUGUGACGGAGCUUCAGUCAGAGGGGGAGUUUUCUCUGUCUAUGUCCAUUGAAAUGCCUUAUGAGAUCAUCAACUUGAGCUGUUCACACUGCAUCAAAACCAAGAGGACAGACUGUAAGGCAGUGAUCAGCACGUUACUGGGACAGACUCUGGGAUCUGAAGGGUUACAGGUGUCCUUCAGUCUUUCUAAUAUCCACAUGCCCAGGAUGUGGGUCGAGAACCAUCCGGAUAAAGAUAGUCAGGCCUGCAUGCUGGUGUUUUAUCCAGACUUUAAGUCAAGCGGGGUGUCCAACUCUGGAGGUCCGUCCAGUGUGAGCGAUGUGGUCAUUCUUCUGGACUCCUCCAAGUCCAUGCAGGGAGACACCACGCUGAACGCCCGCAGGAUUGCCCUUCAAGUCCUCAAAUCUCUGGACCGCUCACUGAAGAUCAAUAUCAUCUCUUUCAGCACUGAUUACAUGGAAGCUUUUCCUGCACCAGUGCCAUUAGAUCAGGCAUCUGAAGCAGCCAGAAAAUUUAUUAUGUCGUGUGGUGGCUCUGGUGGCAGCACUGAUCUGUGGCGGCCUCUCCGGAGCCUGAGUCUGCUGCCUCCCUACCGGGGUGUGAGGAACAUCCUGCUGCUCUCUGAUGGACAUGUUCAGAACCAGCCUCUAACCCUACAGCUGGUCCGAGAAAACUCCUGCCACACACGCCUCUUCACCUGCGGACUCAGCUUGACAGCUAAUCGUCAUAUGCUCAGAGCUUUGGCUCAGGCCAGUGGAGGAACAUAUGAAUUCUUUGACACAAAGAUAAAACACACUUGGACAGAGAAGGUGCGCGCUCAGGUUCAGCGUAUGGAGUCUCCAGGCUGCAGAUCAGUGGCAGUGAAGUGGCAGCAGUUCAAUCCCACAGCGCCGCCUCCUGUUCAAGCCCCCUCUCAGCUUCACGCUCUCUUCAGUGACUGUCACACUCUCGUAUACGGCUUUGUGCCACACUGCACUCAGGCCACACUGUUUGGUGAUUUGAGUGGACAAGAGAUCAAAACAAUGGUUUCCACCACAGAACUACAAAAGACAAAGGGAACUCUCCUUCACAAGUUAACAGCAAGAGCGAUCAUUAGAGAUUAUGAAGAUGGCAUUCUAGCUAACAGUGAGGCAGAACACGAGGGGAAGAAAACAGAGCUGAAGUCCUACAUCAUUGAGCUCAGUAAAGAGUUCUCCAUCUUGUCCCAGUUCACAAGUUUUGUCGCCAUUGAAGAGAGGGACCAGAAUGAGCUUGACACUGGAUUCACAGAUAUUCCUAAAAUCAUAUCAGAGGAGGAUGUGGAUAUUUUGCCAUAUAUUGGCUGGACUGAAGAGAAGCUGAAGACUGCGCAUAUUAUUGGUGCUGAAGAUGAUGAUAUGGAAUUGUGCAGUAGCAGCUCCACAUCUCAUGAUUGGAAUUUUUACUGCCGUGAAGGACGCAUUCGGAAGGAAAGAUCAAGUGAAACUGAUUAUUGCAAAGUGAAGGAUGCCAAGGCAUCUAGAAUUUCUUUUUCAGAAGAGUCUGCAGCUCCCCCUGACCCCAAGCUGAUAUUGAAAUCUUCUUUUGUUCUCUCCAGUAGUCCUUCUCCUUCUCCUUCUCCUUCUCCUUCUCCUUCUGAGGUUUGCAUUGGCGCGUUUGUAGACUCGUACAGAACUGAUUUGCCUUACAGAUAUACAGAUACAGAUACAGAUUUAGAAGAAUUAUUAUGUGGGUCUGUUAUAACUGCUCUAAAUCCUCCCCCUCCCCAUGCUGCCUCUCUUGACCUCUCAGUAAAGGCACUCAGGUCUCAAAGCCUCUUUGGUUCCCUUCCCAUUGAGUCAGUGGAACCUCGAUACAUGGCUAAAAGGCAUGCUCGUCGUACUACAACUGUUAGUGCCAGGAAGUCCAUACCUUCCUCCAUGAGUGACAGGCUUCCUCUUCACCGUGCCGCAAUGCCUCCUUAUGCUUACUCCAUGAGUGACGAGCAUCCCUUUUACAGUACUGCCGCAGUGCCUCCUUCCCUUCAUUAUCCUGCUUCUUUUGCAUCACUAUACCCGCUCUCCAAAGAUGACAGCCUUCCUCCUGUUGGUGCCAGUGUGCAAAGUACUUGCUCUAUGGGUGAAAGACCUCCCAUUUUUCAUGCCAGUGAGAUCAGCAAUGCACGUGUCAUACAGUUUGCAGGUCCUCCUGAUUCUACUCAUCUUGCAUCUACAAGGUCCACAUUCACAACUCCCCUGCCACCUCCUCCUCCUCCUCCUUCCAGCAUGAUGGCAGCUGUCCCUGCUUUCUAUUCUCAGUUGCGCUUUCCCCUUACAUUAAGUAGCCUCAGUAGUCACCCCAGACUUUUGAGUGAGCCUCUGAGUUUGUGUUCCUCAGCAUCUGAACAAUUAUUUGAAGCAUCUCCUCAACAAGAAGCACAACAGCAACAAGAAGUGCUGCAAGAUAUGCGACAGUUAGAGCAACAAAUAUGUCUGCAACAACCACCGCAUCAGUCUAUGAGUUCUGCACCUGAUGCAGACAGCGUCACUACUGAGUUUGCUGUUCCUCGAUAUAGAAAAAAACCGAAAAGAGCAAAAUUAAGCUUGGCAAGAUGUUUCACACCACCUCAUGGCAGCUUGGCAGAAUUGAGAAGAAAAUCUGACACAGUGGCUUGGAAUGAGCUGUUUGAGCUUCAGCAUGAGGAUGGAUACUGGGAGUGCACUGACAGGCUGAGCAGCUUCUUUAACCUGGACGUAGACUUUUUUGCAAAUGUCUUCCUUAAGGAGAAAGGCAUCUGUUCUUUUGGUGUGAAGGCUCAUGCUGAAAUUCUGAGGCUGGUGGCAACUCUGCUGGUGCUGCAGCUGAUCCGGGUGAAGAAGCUGGAAGUGGGACGGCUGCUCGAGUCUCUCCUCCGACUAAAAGAGUCCCAGGAGCCCAGACCAAUGUACUGGGAGGCAGUGAAGAGGGCUGUGGCCUGGGCCUGCCUGACAGACAGACCGUAUCCGUGUGUGUGCAGCAGGCUGGAGAUCGGCCGGGAUUGGGAAUCAUCCACACGUCAACUACUGGGCUGUGAUUCUCCACACCCAUAUUCCCCACUCAAACCUGUUUUGGACAGACGUAUGGAUGUAUCAGUCAUGUAGAAACUGGAGACACACUUCUAUCAUCAUUUAUAGUUACUGCUUCACUUGGUGUUAGCUUAAUAGUGAAGAAAUUAUCUUUUAUAGCCUUAAAGUGUCUCAAAAAUAUAUUUGGACAGAUUUAGUCACACUUAUCAGAAUUCCAUUGCAAAAUGUCAAAACAAAGUGUUUACAAAUAAAUGAUGCAAAACUAACUAGUUAACAGACCAACUACACUCUUAGACUUAGUUCACACUGCAGGUCUCCGAUCGGAUUUUUUGCGCUGUUGUUCACAUUGUCAUUUAAAUGCGACUGCCAUCAGGCUCAUGUGUGAACCGUAUACGGCCCUGAAGUGACCCGCAUGCGCAGAAGAAAACGUGACGUCAGACGCAGUUGUCACGGAUCAGUCAGGCCCUUCACCCCACCAAUCACAGCGGUCCAGGUCACCAGAGUACUAAUCACCCGCACCUGCACCAAAUCACCUCAGUAAUCAACCCGGCUACUUAAA